UCCUUUUAUCUAUAGUAGUUGAAAAGUCAUCAUUAUUCCAUUGUUAAAUUUAAUUUUUUUGCGAAACAUGAAUGAAACUCGAAAAAUGACAACUAUUUUGAGAAAUCCUUCAAAAUUUCUUCAUCUGUGUAGUAAAUGGGUAUCGGAUCUCGAUUUGAAGAAGUUAUUAUUGAUAUUACCAUCAAUUUUUCUCAUUGCUUAUGUGUUUUUCUCUUCCAUUUCCAAAGUAUCAUUAACUGGUGGAGGAAGUUUAGCAGUAUUCAACCCUUUAUCAAAUUCAAAAUCAAUUUUCAGUAGGGGAGGUUACGUUUCCGGGUCGGGUUUUCCGGCGAGAUUUGCAGAUGAAGCCGAGAGGAAACGGCGGAAGGAGGAGUUGGGUCGAUCAAGAAUAGCUGUGUGUUUAGUAGGUGGAGCUCGUAGGUUUGAACUUACUGGGCCUUCGAUUAUUCAGAAAAUUGUUAAAGUUUAUCCGAAUUCUGAUCUUUUUGUUCAUAGUCCUUUGGAUUCUAAAGCUUAUAAGCUAUCAUUGUUGAAAUCUGCUCGGAGAAUCGCCGCUGUUAGAAUUUUCCGGCCACAGUAUAUACCGGAAACUGAGUCACAGGUCCGAGUUCUCACAGCUCAAAACUCACCUAAUGGCAUACAAGGAUUGCUGCAAUAUUUCAAUUUGGUAGAGGGUUGUUUGACGAUGAUCCAAGACUACCAAAAGCAGAACAACUUCACAUACGACUGGAUAGUCCGAACUCGAGUUGAUGGCUACUGGUCAGCUCCACUAGGCCCCGAAAACUUCGUCCCCGGGCACUACCUGGUCCCGCCAGGUUCCUCCUACGGAGGCCUAAAUGAUCGCUUUGGCAUUGGCGACUACAACAUGUCAGUGGUCGCUCUUUCGAGGCUCUCCUUGAUUCCCAAGCUUGAUUCAGCAGGGCAUAGUCAACUCAACUCAGAAAGCGCAUUCAAAGCCCAACUUACCACUCAACAAGUUCCUUACCUAACUAUGCGCCUUCCCUUUUGUGUGGUAACGGAUCGUCAGUACGAAUUUCCACCCUCUCAUUAUGGUGUUCCGGUUGCAGCGCUUUCUAGCCGAGGUCCCUUGAGUGGGGCCAAGUGCCGGCCGUGCACGCCCGCUUGCACCGGGUCGUGCGUUGAGCCAGCCAUGAAUAGACUAGAUAAAGGAUGGAGUUGGACGGAUUGGGCUAAUAACUCACUCGAGCUCUGUGAUGCUCGCAGUGAGUGGGAGAGCGGGUGGGAGAAAGUAUUCGACAGAGUGGCCGGGAAAAAACUUGCUGCAGCUAGAAGAAGAAUUGAUGGUUUGAAAUUAGAUCAAUGUGUGAGGGAAUUUGAUGAGAUGAAGAAUAAAACUGCACACUGGGAGGCUCCAUCAGGGUCAGAAAUUUGUAGUUUAGGUUUGUUGGACUCUCCCUAAAGGAACUGGUCCUUUCGAACUUUCAGUUCUUUUGGAUUGCAGCCCCUCUGGAGCAACCUUUGAACGCGCUUGGACUUAGUAUAUUAGUAUUGAGUUACUAUAUAUUGUUUGAUUUCUUGAAAAAGUCCCUUUACGCAUAGCAGGAUUUUGAAUAGUUCUUUACUGAUAGAAUUGUUAAAUCUACUUAGUAAUGAAAUAUAGUAAAGGGGAGAAAGCAGAUGUCCGUAA